GUGUGUGUGUGUGUGUGUGCGCGCGUGGGUGCGCAUGCGUGCGUGUGUGUGGGAGCGAGAACCUGCAACCGUUGGUUGCAUACAAAUAAUGCGCCACUACUGAUGUAAUUACGGCAUUUGAACGCAGUGGGAAGGGUCAGAGAGACCGACAUCUCUUUGCAUUGUCACUAGGGCUCAAGGCACAGUGCACAAGGGAUUUAUUUAUACGGUUCAUUUGCCACGAACAGGACUCCAAGCCUCCUCCGUUACCCAAAUCAUUGCAGACAAAAUCGCAGAAAGAUAGCUGCCCCAUCUGCCAGGUGGAACCAGGAGGUUUUCCUCAUCAGUGCUCUGAUUCCUACCAUUGUGUUCAGAAGUGGUUAAGUCCAUCAGCAACUCAUCAGUUGUCAUGGCAGACAGUCGGCAGCCCGAGGACAACAGCUCCUCUCACUGGGCCCCUCCCACUAACGGAGCCCAGGACCAGUCAGCUGCCCUCGCUGGCCACGGAGAGAACGGCUUCUCCUCUUACAGAGAGAACGGCUAUCACGGAGGACACGCUGCGACAGCAGUGGAGGACUCUGCCAACCUGCCUCCCUCCCCUCCCCCCUCUCCGUCGGCAGAGCAGAUCGGACCCAUGGAGCAAGAUCUGCCGGUGAACCCAAAGAAGCCUCGUUCCGACAAUCCUGCCAUGGCAGAGGAGCAUCCACAGGGGGCACCCCCUCCGCAGAGCCCGGUGGCCCCCACCACAGAGAGAGAAACACCUGAGGGAGCAGAGAGCACUGUGUCCAUCGCUGAGUCCUCCUCUGGUUCCCCCAAAAACAAAUCUCUAACAGAUGCUACCCCCACAGAACCCGAGAAGACGGUUCAGCCUUUAGUGGAACCAGAAAAAGGUCAAGGGACUGGAAGUAGCACUAGUGUGGUUCCUGAGAUAGAAUACCUUCCGGAGCCCAAGACCACGGCUGAGAAACAGCCCUCGGUUGAAGAGCUCGACUCAGUUCCUCUUUCAGUUGUAUAUGAGCCCCUGAAAGAUUACAUUGAGGAAGAGGAGGAAAAUGAUGAUUAUGUUACACCCAGUAAGUCAGCAAACCUUGAGAGCGUUCGUGAGGAGAAAGAGAUCAAAUCGGAGAAAACUGAGAAAAGAAUGCUGAGUCUAGGACAAUCGACCGCCAGGCCAUUGUCAUUUGAGACUGAGAAGAUUGAAGAGACUCCUCAAAGUAAUGUCAGUGACGGAGAAAACCCAAAGCAGGAGGCACACAUAUCUGCUGCAGACAGUCUAAAAGACAAGCAGAGUUCGGAAGAUAAGUCUGGAGUUGCUUCAAAAGAUGAGUCAGGUAUGACGGCCUACUUUGAGACCUCUACACAAAGGGAUACUGAAAAACCAGGAGAACAUGGUGAGGGUUACUAUGAGCUCAGUGCUGUCAGCCAGAAGAAGCCCUCAGAGGAGGUUCUGGAGGCCGAUUCAAACAUUAAAAUAAGCCAUUCAGCACCAGAACAGACAGAAUCCAGCAUAACCUUGAUGAGUGACAGUGCCAUGAACAAGCUAGAGGAUCUCCCUAAGAGGAAGGAUGUGUGUACUAGGCUGUCACCUGGCAAAUUGUCAUUGGAACACAGAAGUCUUUCUCUGAAUUUUGCUAUUGGCUCAAUGGGUCAAGCAGGAGAGCAAAACCAGUCAAAGCUCUCAUCUCUUACAGAGGUCUCUUCCGGAAGCCUGGAUGAAACCACAGGCUACUUUCCUGUAACCACCCCAUUAGUAACAUUAGAGAGACAGUUACUUCCUGUUACUCCAGAGAUAGCUCUCCCAGUCCCUACCACUGAAACCUCCACUGAUCUACCAGAAGAUACCACCUCUAAGACCAUGUGUUCUCCAGAGUCACUCUCACCCAUGAAGCAACACUACACCCAUUUGAACGACCCAUCCAACGACCUUCCUGAGAUGCUGGACCUAGCCGGUGUUAAGCCCAAACCCACCCUGGAGAAGAGGGAGCUGGACCAGCAUAAUAGAAGGAGGUCUGUCCCUGCCUGUCCAUCUGCUGCUCUGGUGGGCAGUUCUCUGGCCAAGCUGGUGCUGGGGAACCAGCAGACGCCCAAGGUGGUGGGUGGAGAGGAGAGCCAGCAGGAGGAGCGUGGUUACUGCGUAUUUAGUGAGUACUCUGGUCCCAUGCCCUCGCCUGCCGAUCUGCACAGCCCAGUGAGCUCCCCACACCAACGGUUCCCCACAGUGACUGAAGGGGACAGUGACGAGGAACUGGGAGCCAUUGCGGAAGAGGGCGAGCAAAAGCUGGCACCGCAAAAAACACACCAGGCAGAGGAAUCAGUUAGAGGAACGGUUAAGCCAACUUUGGUGCUUGAAAGAGCUGUCACGGCAGGUGUCAAACCGGAUCGUCUGAGGAUCCCUGUGGCUCCAUCCAAAGACAAACUGACAGAGUUCCGGCUUGAGAGCGGUCUUCCUGGGGACAUCAAAACCCAAGCCAUUCCUGAGGUAGAGUUGGAGCAGGACCUCUCCAGAGAAGCGUCUCCCAUCCCACCAGACUUCGCAUUUACUUUUGGCACUGAGGUGAAGGACGCCAAGCUUUGUGCGACCCCUGAGUCUCCAGCAAAAAAGGCUGCCACUGUGGAGAGAACCAAAGUUGAGGAAGCCACAGCGGAAGUCAAAGUAGAGGUGGCGUCAGCAAGGAUUGGGAAGAGUCAGAAGACUGGUCUUAAAAAGCCAGAGAUGGAGAAAGUGGAGGAGAACUCAGACCCAGACCAUCAAAAUGCUGUUGAAGACUUACAGCCAAAGGAUGUUCGAGGACCGGAGAGAAAAAAGAUAAAAGAACCCAUGACAUCAUCACCAGAAUCAUUAGUGGAGAUCAUCAAUGCGCAGGAGAAGAAGCGUGAAAGUGACCCAGAGGUGUCAACAGUACCAGCGGAGGCCUCCGUUCCAAAAGAAGAGGCCAAGACCAAAGCUGAAUUAACAUCACCAACACCCUCUAACGUGAGCACUGCAGAUGUGAAGGAAGCCACAGAGCAACUAGAAGUGAAAAGUCCAGAGAAAAGUGUUUCUGGAAGUUCUCCAGUUAUAGUCAUACCUCAGGCACAAGUUGAGGAGGAGGAAGACGAUAUAGAAGUAGCUGAGGAAGUCUUGGAGGAAGUUGAAGGCCCUCCUGUGCUCCUCAAGGAGAAAGAGCAAGAGAGUCACCCUGUGGAGAAGCAGGAGGAGGUGGCAGAAGAGGUGAGGGUGGUGGGUGGGGCAGAGGAGGUGAUUGUUGAAAAUCCUAAAGAUUUGGAGUCUGCUGUUGUUGGGGAUGACGAAUCAUGUAAUGCUACUGCCCCAAUCAUUGAUGAAGGGGAUUAUGCCGAUCGCAUCUCUCAUCUAUCUGCCUGCUCUGACAACGACCAGCCACAAACCCUCGAUGGAAAGGAGGCAGACAAAGAGAAGAAUAAAGUGGAGGAUAAAGAAGGGGUUGUGCUGCAGGAAGAGGAGGAGUCCGCUGAGGUGGGGCAGGGAGUUGAGAUGAAGGCUUCCAGUCGCGAGGAGACAGAGACCUCAGACGUACUGCAGAGCCAGACCAACGAGACCACCGCUCACGACGAGACCACCAUGGACGUCUCCAUGUUAGACAGCGAGAUUGCCUGGGUGGACUCUCAAGAUGAUGACAGAAGCGUAAUGACAGAGCAGAUUGAAGCUCUGCCCAAAACACAGAGUCCUGUCAAGACUCCCCUGGUAGAGAGACCCUCUAAUAAACGUCCCCCCGGCAGAGGACAGGGGCGCGUCUCCACCCCCGAGCGCAAACCCAACCGCAGAGAGCCCGUCAGUCGUCGUCCAAAGGAGGAAGAGAAGAAGAAAAAAGCGGGGACGAAGAGAACUGAACAGUGUAAGGUAUCAGUCCUCCAGUGUCGCUCUCCCACUCGGAGGAUUGUAGUCAAAGCUGCUACGUUCAGACAAGCUAAACCUGCUUCGCACCAGGGCUCUGCUAGACGCAAGCCACCAGCCGUGGAGGACCGGCAGCCUCUUAAUGUGGCCCACCAAUCCCAGGAAAGGACCUCUGAGGGUACCUACCGGACCCCAGAAAAGAGGUCCUCUCUGCCCAGGCCUGCCUCCUCCCUGCCCCGCCGCGCCCCCCCAGCAGAGCACGACAACACCAGCCCUGCCCCCCGCAGGCCCACCUCAAUUCAAACUGAGCCCAGAGGGGAGCACAGGUCUGGGAGGUCCCCUAGUAUCGCAGUCGGCACAAACUCGUCGGCCCGUUCCCGUUCUGCCCGGAGCGGAGCCUCCACGCCCCACACCCCCGGCUCCACAGCGGUCACCCCAGGCACACCACCCAGCUACUCUUGCCGCACCCCUGGGAGUCGCACCCCCGGCAGCCACACACCCAAGUCUCUCAGCCUCCUCACUCAGGAGAAGAAGUUUGCUGUGAUCCGCACACCGCCCAAGUCACCCUCCACCACGCCCAAGCAGCUGCGCGUCCUCAACCAGCCCCUGCCCGACCUGAAGAACAUCAAGUCCAAGAUCGGCUCCACAGACAACAUGAAGUACCAGCCCAAAGGUGGACAGCACUGCAUCUGUUUCUGGUCCUGCUACAUUGCACCUGCCCACCCACAUUCUCAGUCUCCCACUCCCUGUGUGUGCUGUUUCUCCAUCUCUGCCAAAGCAAAUGUUUAUCCUCCCUUCUCAUUAGUCGAGAGUUGUUUACCCUCUGGUCCGAUUGGUUGACAGUUGUUUACCCUCUGGUCUGAUUGGUUGAGGGCUGUUUGACCUCUGGCAUGAUAAGGAGAAGUGGAUUUGAACCAGAAGUACCGGUCUGUAGUCAUUUCAGCUCCAUGGAAGUUUACAGCUAGCCUGGUUCCAGAUCUGUUUGUACUGUCUUACCAACUCCUUUCAUCGUUUGGAAUCAGGUCAGGGUUGGGUGCCCCCUUGAGGUCAUAAGCAAUGGCAAAAUGUGUCCAAUUGGAGGUAAUUACUGUAGCUUUAAAACUGCUAAAUGUUCUCUCAGCCUCAUGACAAGAUGUGUAGAAUAGCAUUUUAAAACUUCAAAUGUUUCUCUCUGCACCAUGGCAAAAAUGUGUUGAAAAGUUAAAUGUUUUCUCCCCAAAAUAUCUGCUUUCUUAAAAAACACUUUGUCCAGCCCUGUUUUCCCUGACAACAAUGGGAGUUGGCUAUACAGCAAAAACAGAUCUGAGAUCAGGAUAUACAUGACAUUAAGGCAGGGAAAUAUCCUACACACAAGUACCAGUGGCUGUGUUCUUGUGGUAGUUUCUUCCUCAUUCCCUACUCUGACAGACGCAAUUAGCCAGAGAGGUCUUUAGCUCAUGCAGAAAACAAUCCAGCCUGUCUACUCACUCGCUCACUCACAGUGUACAUAUUUAACCAGCAAGCUGAGUCUAAUAACAAACAUACAGCAGUUGCUGUUAUAUGAAUCUUUCAGAAUGGAGAAUCCCUAUUGGCUAUUGAGGUUUGUUUUCAUCCUUGAUGUUGAAGGACCUUUGUUCUGUGAGAGGAGUGGAAGACAGGGCUGAGUUUAAUGAGCUCUAGUCUGGUGUUGCAGUCUGGACGAAGGCUCAGGGCUUCAGUGUAACACAGCCUCAGUGAAAAUUAGAAAACAUCAUGAACCCCAGAAUAAUUUAUACAUCUCAAAAUGAAUCCAAUAAGUUCUAUCUUCCAAUGGAAAAUCUUUAUUUUGGUGCAGCGAUUUCACUGCAAUAUUUUGUGGUGACCUGUAACCCCUCUAUGAGUCUACCCACUUGUAUUUGCUGUAGGCAGCUAUUUAGGAUCUCUAUUUAGAUUCUCUAUUUAGGCAGCUAUUUAGGAUCUUUAUUUAGAAUCUCUAUUUAGGCAGCUAUUUAGGAUCUCUAUUUAGAAUCUCUAUUUAGGCAGCUAUUUAGGAUCUCUAUUUAGAAUCUCUAUUUAGGCAGCUAUUUAGGAUCUCUAUUUAGAAUCUCUAUUUAGGCAGCUAUUUAGGAUCUCUAUUUAGAAUCUCUGUUUAGGCAGCUAUUUAGAAUCUCUAUUUAGAAUCUCUAUUUAGGCAGCUAUUUAGGAUCUCUAUUUAGAAUCUCUAUUUAGGCAGCUAUUUAGGAUCUCUAUUUAGAAUCUCUAUUUAGGCAGCUAUUUAGGAUCUCUAUUUAGAAUCUCUAUUUAGGCAGCUAUUUAGGAUCUCUAUUUAGAAUCUUUAUUUAGGCAGCUAUUUAGGAUCUCUAUUUAGAAUCUCUAUUUAGGCAGCUAUUUAGGAUCUCUAUUUAGAAUCUCUAUUUAGGCAGCUAUUUAGGAUCUCUAUUUAGAAUCUAUAUUUAGAAUCUCUAUUUAGGCAGCAUAUUUAGAAUCUCUAUUUAGGCAGCAUAUUUAGAAUCUCUAUUUAGGCAGCAUAUUUAGAAUCUCUAUUUAGGCAGCAUAUUUAGAAUCUCUAUUUAGGCAGCAUAUUUAGAAUCUCUAUUUAGGCAGCAUAUUUAGAAUCUCUAUUUAGGCAGCAUAUUUAGAAUCUCUAUUUAGGCAGCAUAUUUAGAAUCUCUGGUGCUUUGUCAUUGACUGACCUUGUAGAGAUGGUCAUGUUUUAGCAGCUUUAGAAUCUGCAAAACAAAUUAGAUGAAAAGCACAGGUGCGUGUGUGUAUUUAUAUGUGUGUUUGACUGUGUGUAUUCCCACUUGUGUGUGUCUGCGUUUAAUUGUCACACGUGUGGGUCCUCAGGUGACAGGAGAAUCCAGGUCAGAGUCUGGUUGAUGAAAUACUAGGUUUGUAGGCCAGGGUUCUCCUUUCCAGAGACAUACCAGCUUGUGUUGACUCAUUGGCUCACGUCUCAUUCCAACCACGUCUCUUGUGAUCGCUACACGGUAUAGGUCUUGCCAGUCCUGUAUUUCAGACAAGUAUUUGUACCUUAAAUAAAAAAUAAAAAAUCGGAAAUGAUUACCUUAUGACCAUUAAGAACACCUGCCCUCAGAAUAGCCUCAAGUCA